CUAUUUGCUGCCAUUUCCAUAAACCACUCCAAGCAUCCUAACGUUCUCCUUUUACACAAAGAACUGGCACAAAGAAACAGAAAAGAACAUUUGUAUUCACAAGUCGCAGAGCAGAAAAAUGGCAGAGAAAAUGAACCAGCAGGAGUACCCAUUGGCACCAGCAACUAGGCAGUCCAGAAGUGAUGAAGAGUCUGGCACUUUAAGAUCAGAGGAGCUCAAGCGAAAGAAAAGGAUCAAGUUGGCCAUAUAUAUUGCUGCUUUUGCUGUGUUUCAGACCAUUGUCAUCUUGGUGUUUGCACUCACUGUGAUGCGUGUUAAGACCCCUAAGGUCAGAUUGGGCACUGAUGUCACGUUCCAGAACUUCAGCGCUGGUACCCAAGCAUCACCUUCCUUUGACUUGAGCUUCACAACCCAAGUUGGAGUUAAGAACACAAACUUUGGUCCCUACAAAUUUGAUAGCACCAUUGCCACGUUCAUGUACCAGGGUGUGACAGUGGGGCAAGUCACUAUUCCUAAGGGUAAAGCUGGGCUGCGUUCGACCAAAAAAGUUGGUGUCAUAGUUAAUGUGGAUUCAAAUACCCUGUCAAGCACUGCUGGUCUUGGAAGUGAGUUAGGUGCUGGUGUAUUAACUCUGAACAGCCAGGCCAAGCUUAGCGGGAAAGUGGAAUUGAUGUUUGUGAUGAAGAAGAAGAAGUCCGCCGAAAUGAAUUGCACGAUGACCAUUGAAGUGUCAACAAAGGCGAUCCAAUCUAUGAGUUGCGAGUAAACAUGUUUCUUUUUGUUAAAUUCUAUUUUCUUUUUCUUUUGAUUUGCUGGAUUUGUUGUUCUUAUUAUAAAUUUAUGAUUUGUGGGAGUGCUGGCAUUGUCACAAUUUACUAUUAGAGAAUACAUUUUUUCUUUCUUUUUUCCUUUGUAUAAAA